AUGGAUCGGCUGGCGGAAAGCGUACUGAUAAGGAGAGCGUACAAAAACGCGCUGGGGCUACCGGAGCGUACGGCGACCGAGAAACUGCUUAAACUUGGGGUGCAUAACACCAUAGAAGAACUUCAUGAAGCUCAACUAGUGUCACAGCUGAAGCGACUCUCUUCCACAGUGAAUGGAGCGUGGCUUCUGGACAAACUGGGAAUGGCAGUACCCGGCGGUUCUCACGGGCCCGGAGACGCGGGGGAAGAGCUGCCGGCUGAGACCCGGCAGAGAUUCACGAUCAGUAGAAUCCCCCGCAACAUGCACCCGGAUAGGAAUGCGGAACGGAGACAAGCGCGAGCGGUGGCCCUAGCGCGUUCCUGGGACAGCAGAGAGGGAACCCUGUACGUGGAUGGGGCCGGUCCGGUGCUGGGGGUGGCUGCAGUAGCGGUGGCCAGUGCGCAAGGGCAGAUCAGACGCGUCGCCUCCAUACGAGCGCACACGGUUGAACAAGUGGAGGAGGCGGCCAUAGCAUUGGCGGUGGUUUGCAAUCCUCGUGCGACGAUAAUUUCGGAUUCACAAAGAGCUUGUCAAAACUUUGCGCGAUGGGUCCUGGGUCAACCAGCUCUAAGGCUCCUCCGCAAAACCGCAGUAGAGGGAGUACAUCUGAUCUGGACCCCCGGCCAUAUGGGGCAAGUCGGAAACGAGGCGGCGAAUGCUGCGGCCCGAGGUGCGUUAUACCGGGACUCGGUUCUGCCCCAGAGGGAUCUGGACAGUGCGCUCACUUACAGUGAGGCCUUAAAGGCUCUACGAACACAUAGGGCAGAAUAUCCUGGGCCGGCCAAAGGUCUCAGCAAAGAAGAAGAGUUCACGUGGAGACGACUUCAGACGGACACGUUCGUCACACCGAUCCAGCUACAUCUGUGGUACCCAGAGCGGUACGCCACGGCG